AUGCUGGCCAGCAGCUCUUCAAGUCCUGCGCUCGCAACAUCUCCCCAGGCCACACGACGUGAGGUGUCCGUGCCGGUGUAUGAGGGUGCUUCCCUGACCACCGAGUUUCCUCAGCUGGUCCGCCUGAAUGUGGGCGGUCGGAAGCUGAUGACUACCCUGGCCACCUUGCAGAUGGACUCCGACUCCAUGUUGGGUCUGAUGUUCAGUGGCAAGCUUCCUGUUCUUCGAGACGCCGAUGGCUGCUUCUUCAUCGACCGCGAUGGGAGGCAGUUCCACCACAUCCUCAACUACCUCAGAGAUGGCACCCUCCCUAUAGGCCUUUCCCGCGUGGAUCGCCUGGAGCUCCUCCGCGAGGCGGACUUCUAUGGGCUGAAGGCGCUCUACAGCUUCAUCGGUGGGCCCACAGUGCAGGCGGCAAUGAUGACGGGAGGUGGCACAGGCCUUUGGCUUCGAGGCCUCUGCCAUGACCUGGCAAAGGCGGAAGCAGCAGACUUCUCGGUGAACAGCCGGAGCCAUCGAGUUUAUGCGCGCCUACGCUACGGCCAAGAGUACAGUGGCGACUGGAUCGUAUCCUCCCCGAGGAACCUGCCACAUGUGCAGUACGAACUCUACGAUGCCUGCUUGGCGCGCGACCCCAUCACGGCGCUGAACAAGAUGGGUGCUGCAGGGUUCCGACCUUGUGUGGAACCGCCCACAGUGCCCGCGAGCACCUCGUGCCAAAACGAUGACUGGGAGAUCAUGCUGUACAAGGACGUCUGGCAGUGA